GACUGUGUCGGAGGAGCUAGCCUGCCUAGCACACAUCAACCAUUCACGACAUAAGUCCUAUUAGCCGCGGCAAAUACAGAAAAGGGUAAAAACGAGCAGCCCUCAGAGUGGAGAAGGAGGGAGGCAGUGAGGAAAGGAAGAAAACGGUGAUACCUGGAGUUGGACAUUAAUAGUGUCAGUAUUUUCUCCAGCCAGUCUCUAUGGUUGUUUGAUUCCGGCGGUUAUAUGCAUGGGCUCUGGAAAAGAACUAAGGUAAUACCGAAUUGUCCACUACUCUACUCACCCAACAACAACAUUGAACAGGAAGGGGGAAGGCAAUAUGAGCUCCUACUUUGUGAACCCGUUAUUUUCCAAGUACAAAGGCGCUGAAACAUUGGAGCCAACUUACUACGACUGCAGGUUCCCCCAAACCGUCACCCGGACCCAUGGGCUGGUUUACGGGGCUGGAGCAACGGCACCGGGCUUCCAACCCACGCCCCAUCACGUCCAGGACUUCUUUCACCAUGGAACGCCUGGGAUCUCCACUCCUGGAUACCAACAGAACCCCUGCGCUUUAGCGUGCCACGGAGAUGCCACGAAAUUUUACGGCUACGACGCUCUUCCGAGACAAUCACUUUAUGGCGCCCAGCAAGAGGCGAGUGUGGCGCAAUACCCAGACUGUAAAUCGUCGAAUGCCACUAACCUCGGAGACGGACAAGGCCAUCUAAAUCAAAACCCGUCGCCUGGUCUUAUGUUUCCUUGGAUGAGACCCCACGCUCCCGGAAGGCGCAGCGGUCGACAGACGUACAGUCGUUACCAAACACUGGAGCUGGAGAAGGAGUUCCUGUUCAACCCUUACCUCACACGCAAACGACGUAUCGAAGUCUCCCAUGCAUUGAGUCUAACAGAGCGACAGGUGAAGAUCUGGUUUCAGAACCGGCGUAUGAAAUGGAAAAAAGAGAACAACAAAGACAAAUUCCCGGGCCAGCGAGGGGAGGCCGAAGCCGAGGGAGAGGGAGAAGGCGAGGAAGAAACCAACGAAGAAGGAGAAACAGAGGAAGGAGAGAAAAAAGAGACGAGAGAGGAAGAGGGGACGAAAGAGUGAUUUUAUUGCCUCUUUUAUGGUUAUACGACUUAAAGUUUAAAGAUAGAGGAGGGGAGGGAGAGAGAGGCUAGAGAGAGAGUAGAGAUCCCGUUUUACGACCACCGUUUUAUUGAGUCAACAAGUGAGGAAAUCCUUUAGAGAGGCAAUUGUGACACUGCUUCCUCUCUACACAGUAAUCCCCAAAUGAGGAGAGGCAUCCAAUAAGAACCCAUGCUUUAUAAAGCUGGAUCUCCCUGAAAAAGGUCCGUGUUUAUUUCCAGAUCUCACACUUUUUGUGUUCCUCAACCGCGUCUCAUAGGCCUUGAUAUCAAAAGAACCCAUAAAACACAAGAAUGAAAUAUAUAAUUACUUCACAAUGUUCUUUUUCAUCAGCUCUUUCUUCCAUAUGACCAACAUUUCUGUGUGGUGAAAAUGAGGAGAACAUAGUCUUCAGUAAAAAACACCGUAGACAACUUUAGAGAAGGACAACUUUAUUGGGGUGCUUGGAUAGGGCUCAAUAAUUAUAGCAUUUAUUGCGAACAUAUGCUUUUAUAUUAUCAAUGUGUGUUUUUUUUUUUUCAGUAGUCUAUUAUUUAUGUAAUUUGGGUGGAGUAAAAUUAAGAAAAUCCAUGUAAUUAUGACGCACAUUUUAAAAUUUGGAGUCGAUACGAUGCUACCUAGUGUGAGGAAACUGCAACUUUAUUUUAUUUUAUUUCAAUGGCAGUUUCCUCUCGCCCUUCAAUUCAAAAUUGAUUAUAGCUAAUCGCAAUUAUAUUGAUAUCACAGACAAUUUGUAAUGCAUAUUUUGUACGAUUUGUGACAUUUUUGCUGAAACUGAAUAUGAUCCUUGGUUAGGCUACUCAAUCAAAUGCUAAAGGAAACAAUUGAAUCAUUCGGCUUAAUGACAUCAAUGUAGCCUAUUGACACACACUCUGCAAUACAAGUAGGCCUAGAAAGCCUGCUUUUCUACAUUAAGGCUGCCUACCUGACUAGACCUACACUCGAUUGAGUAUUCAAGGGCAUCUAACUACCUAGGCCUCGAUAAGACUUGGCGGUAUUGACAUCUAUUAGUUGUAAACUUUAGAAGCCAUGAUUUUGUCUGGAAAUACUUAAAAAAAAAAAAAAAAAAAAAAAAAAAAAAAAAAAAAACAGAAGGAGAAAGCACUAUACACGGGAAUGUAUGAUGCCUGGCGAUAGCAAAAGCGGGUUUGUAUACCUCUAUUGAAGAAAUUAAUUUCGAAACUCCAUCUCGAACAAAGGCAUUACUUAACAUUAACUGGUCCUGAUUUUAAGUAAAUUGCUACAGUGUACAGCUUCAUAUUAACUUGAAAUUGGGCUUGAGCUGAGGGUUUCUGACAGAUGUCUAUAACACGAAGUCUUGAGAGGCAAUGUCGAUAUCCUCCCCUUAGAAUUAUAGGGUUCUAUCUGCGUUCUGACUAGUUCUGAGAUAUUGAGCUUCAAAGUCUUAGAAUUCCAUAAAGUUAUACUGCUAAGUGGAACAAACCUCUUCAGAUUUAAUGUCCAAAAAAUGCAUACAACUACAAGAAACACUUCACCUCAUCUUCUUAAGGUGUCACAGAAUAAGAAUAUGUAAAUAACUCAAUUUUGACAAAAAUGUCAGAUAGAACCUUAUAAUUCUAAGGGGACGAUAUGUAAAAGUUCUGACAUACAACGCAGUAAAAUAAUAAAAGUUAAUAUUAAAGUCCCCAACAACUUAAACUGCCUAAACCGACGCACUUUUGUGUGACAAUUGUUCUACCAGUUGAAGAACUGUAAUGUUUCUGAUCAUGCAUCAGUUAUUAUCAUAUGUAUGUGCUGGUGUUCUAGAGUAGAAUUUUUAUUGCACUGAACAUGUAUGUCUUCGUAAACAUUGUGCCACAAAGGCUUGAGUUCUUAUAUUUCAGAGGGAAAAAGUAACUUUUUCUGUAUGCACAUGUGUUGCCAUGUUGUACAAUAAAUGGAAAAGACAAAAAUCA